AUGGAAAGCAGCGGCCUAAUAGCUAGCACGUUUUGGCAACAGAUCAGCACUGAUAACUUCAGUGAGUCAACUUUCCCUACGCAGGACACCCCUCCAGGCCCCCGUAGAACUCCCGAGAUCCCGCGAGAUCAGACUUCCUCCAGGAAGAGCGGGAGCGGCAGCGUCGCCUCAGGCCGCGUUCCGUCGUCCUCGCAGCUCUCGGAUGCAGAGUGCGUUCAGCCCCGUCCUUUCCCUGAUAGCGGCUGGAGAAAGAUACUGAUCAUUUCAGAUAUUCUAAUUAAACUGUUACUAAAUUAUCUUUAUUCUCUUGGAAGGAAGGGCCUUAAAUUCUUAAAAGCCCAGUAUAGACAAUUUCUCCAAUCACUAAAAUAUGAUAUCCUCAAUGUUGGUUCUCAAGCUUCAGAGUCACUUGAGGACCUUCUUAAAUAUUCAGACCAAAGCUGGCGCCGCGGGCCGGAGCCGGCCAAGCGGCUGCCCACCGGGGCUCUGAAUGGCGCGGCGGGGCCGAGAGCCAGGGACCCGCUGAGGAGAGCGGCGGCCCCUGACGGCUGCCGGAGGGGCGGCUGUGCGUGGAUGAGGCGGGAGCCAGAAGCCUCAAGCAGCUGGCGCCUUCUCUGCCCCUGGGCGCCCUAUGGCCCCGCUGCCCCAGUGGAUCCACUUAACCUGUCCUGGUACGAUGACGAUCUGGAGAGCCAGAACCGGAGCUGGCCCUUCAAUGGGUCUGAUGGAAAGGCCGACAGGCCCCACUACAACUACUACGCCAUGCUGCUCAUGCUGCUCAUCUUCGUCAUUGUCUUCAGCAACGUGCUGGUGUGCAUGGCCAUGUCCCGCAAGAAGGCGCUGCAGACCACCACCAACUACCUGAUGGUCAGCCUCACGGUGGCUGACCUCCUCAUAGCCACGCUUGUCAUGCCCUGGGUUGUCUACCUGGAGGUGGUGGGCGAGUGGAAAUUCAUCAGGAUUCACUGUGACAUCUUCAUCACUCUGGAUGUCAUGAUGUGCACAGCAAGCAACCUGAAUCUGUGUGCCAUCAGCAUUGACAGGUACACGGCCGUGGCCAUGCCCACGCGCUACAGCUCCAAGCACCGAGUCACCAUGAUCACCAUCGUCUGGGUCCUGUCCUUUACCAUCUCCUGCCUGCUGCUCUUCGGACUCAACAACACUGACCAGAAUGAGUGCAUCAUCGCCAGCCCCGCCUUUGUGGUCUACUCCUCCAUUGUCUCCUUCUACGUGCCCUUCAUCAUCACGCUGCUGGUCUACAUCAAGAUCUACAUCGUCCUCUGCAGGCGACGCAAGCGGGUCAACACCAAGCGCAGCAGCCGGGCUUUCCACGUCAACCUGAAGACCCCACCCAGGGGCAACUGCACUCACCCCGAGGACAUGAAACUCUGCACCGUUAUCAUGAAGUCUAAUGGGAGUUUCCCAGUGAACAGGCGGAGAUUGGACACUGCCCGCUGAGCCCAGGAGCUGGAGAUGGAGAUGCUGUCCAGCACAAGCCCACCCGAGAGGACCCGGUACAGCCCCAUCCCACCCAGCCACCACCAGCUGACCCUCCCCAACCCAUCCCACCAUGGCCUCCACAGCUCUCCUGACAGCCCUGCCAAACCAGAGAAGAAUGGGCAUGCCAAAGACCACCCCAAGAUUGCCAAGAUCUUUGAGAUCCAGUCCAUGCCCAAUGGCAAAACCCUGACCUCGCUCAAGACCAUGAGCCGUAGGAAGCUCUCCCAGCAGAAGGAGAAGAAAGCCACCCAGAUGCUCGCCAUUGUUCUCAGCGUGUUCAUCAUCUGCUGGCUGCCCUUCUUCAUUACCCACAUCCUGAACAUACACUGUGACUGCAACAUCCAGCCCUUCCUGUACAGCACCUUCAUGUGGCAGGGCUAUGUCAACAGUGCCGUGAACCCCAUCAUCUAUACAACCUUCAACAUCGAGUUCCGCAAGGCCUUCCUGAAGAUCCUACACUGCUGACCCUGCUGCCCACCUGCACAGCAGCCUGCUUCCCACCUCCCUGCCCAGGCGGGCCCGGCCUCGAUCCCUGGGAGCCGUGGGCAGGAGGGCGCAGGGCGGACUCGGCCUUCUCUUUGCCCCAGCAGGCCCUGCAGUGUUAG